AGCGAGGGGGAAGCCGAGGCGCGGGGCGGAGUGGCUGGCGGCUGCCCGGAGGCUCCCUCGGAGCAUCCCUCUGUGCUUUUGGAGCUCACAGCCUGAGAAUACUCCUGUGCCAACACUCGCUCUCUGUGUGAGAGAGUAGCAGGAACUGCGCACGUGCAUCACAGGACCCCGUCCAGCAGCUUAGCUUUCAGAUUUCUGCAACUAGUGCAUGUCCUGUCAAGACAGCAGAUGAAUCCCAGGAGUACUUCAAGCAAAAUGGUACCUUUCAGCUUUCCUCCAUCAAAGAGAAUGCUUUGGGAUCCAACCCCAAUGGGAGAUGUCAAGUAUUUGCAUCUCAGUUACUACAGGAAUCCGAAGCUUGUGGUGACCGAGAAGGCCUUGCGGCUUGCUUAUCGACAGGCCAAGCAGAAUGACCCAAAUUUGUCGUGUUUUUUGCUGGGGACUCUCUUAAUAGAUGAAGAUGAGGAAGGUGUGAAGCUGAAAAUAGACCGUUUUGAUCCUGGCCGAGAAGUGUCUGGAUGUCUCAGAAAAGUCCCCACUGCUCCUUUGCCUGGAGACUUUGUGAUUCCAUGUACAGUUAACACAGAGGGACUUUGCCCCACAGACAUGAUCAUCCACAAUGCUGAAGACUUUAGCUCAAUUUUUAAGGCUCUGCAGCACCAUUUGUGUGGCAAAGACUCUCUGGACUUCUGCAAGCUGCUCCCCUUGAGAGCUCGACUCACUUCCAGGGAGCACCUGGACAAUCUACAGUUUGAUUUCCACUGGGCAGCAGUGACUCCAGCCAAUUCCUUUCGAUGCACUCCUGUGAAGCCGCUCCCCAUUAUUCCAACAGCUCUGGCAAGAAACUUGAACAGUCAUAUGAACAUUGCUCAAAUUCAGGGGACCUGUAAGUGUGGUUAUCUUACAAUGGAUGAAACACGCAAGCUGUUACUGUUGCUUGAAUCAGACCCCAAGGUUUAUUCUCUGCCAUUAGUUGGAAUUUGGCUGUCUGGUAUCACUCACAUCCAUAGCCCCCGAGUGUGGGUGUUUUGCCUGCGCUAUAUGUUCAGUGCUGCAGUUCAAGAGAGGGUUUUUUCCGAAUCUGGGAGUUUUGUCAUCAUUCUCUACUCCCUGACACACAAAGAGCCUGAGUUUUAUGAGUGUGUUCUCCAAAGUGGCCAGGGAAGCGACCUGCGCUUUCAGUUACUAACCAACAGGGAGACCUUACACCUUUUCAAAAAUGUUGAGCCCUCCCAGAAGAGUGCUCUGCACUUUGAACUGAGUUCAGAAAACCCAACUGCAGAAGCAGCGUUCUUUAACCAAGUCUCCAGGAGUCAUGCCAUGAAAAGGGCUUCCCAGAAGUUACCCCCGGGGCAGCAAGUCUCUGUAAGUGACCAUGAUUCUGGUGUGGAAGAUGAAGAUUUGUCUCCAAGACCUGUCCCUAAUCCUCACCCAGCGAGUCAGAAGGUAUCUGCCAUCCAUCCUUCAGUUCCUGAGCUCUCUCUGGUUUUGGAUGGGAGUUUUAUAGAGUCAAGCCCAUCACCUGGUGAGAGGAAAAUGGCAAAUUGCAAGACUAGCCCUUCGUUGCUGCAGUAUCCAGGACAGAUGAGCUCAUUUCCUCAGCAUUGUGACCAGAAGCAGAGCCCUGUGCGUGAAGCCGAGGAGCCCCUUUUGGGCCGGCUCCCGAGUCAGUCCGGCCCGGGAGCCCCUUCUGUGAAGGCACUCAGAGAAAAGCAGUCACCUCCCCACAGACGAGUCGGGCCCCCAACCCGGAGUCCCUCAGGGCCAUCAUGCUCAUCUACACCUCCCUCGGGGCUCCCCAAACCGUUGUCUCCUGAGACAUCAGUGCAGAAAUCAAAACAGUCCCCAGAAAAUCAUAUUUACUCCAGUGGAAACACAUGUCAAGGGGCCCUUCUGGCACCGUGCUCCCCGCUGGAUUCCAGGCAGGCCUCUCCUUCCCCACAGUGGCUCCCCUAUGGUCUGGUUCCUUCACCCCAGAAUUUUGGCAGGCCCAUAGAACUUCAGAUGCCUGCUCCUCCAGCUCCAUCUUACUGUCCCACUAAUGUCUGCAGCUGCUGUCAGCACCAUGGACAUCUGCAGUGUGGUCAAAUAAAUGUCUGGUCAGGGAUGCAUAAACACGGGCCCUUCCCAGAAGGCCAGAGCAGUGCUUUCCAGGAGGGUAGCCAUCCCUUUCAUCCGAAUGGCUGUCCGGCUCUGUGCCAUAAUUCAGUGAGUUCUUCAGGCAGCCCCAUGAUCCUGAGACAGCAAGGGAGCAUGGGAAACUGUAGCACUUCAGACUUAUCACCUAUGGGGAGGCUUGGGGCCUAUGCCAGCAAUCCACAGUCUUGCCCCACAUGCAUGUCCACACCCAAGCAAGCCGAUGAUGGGAUGAUGGGGUUAUCUCCAGAUGCCUACAGGUUCCUUAAAGAGCAAGACCGGCAACUGAAGCUACUUCAGACUCAGAUUCAGCGUCUGCUGGAAGCUCAGUCUCCGAGCCCCAGCCCCCAGACUUCCAGUGCCGAUGGUGCCAUGCAGGCGGAGCAGCAGCUCGAAUUUGUCUCCCCGGAGGCGCCGGCUUCUUCUGGCCUGCAGCUGCGGAAGAGCAUCGCUGUGAGCACAGGGGCCAGCUUGUUUUGGGACUCGCCCGUUGAGAAUCAGGAGCCGGAAGCUUCCCUGAAACAGGACGAUUCCAAGCUUUCGAGCGAAGACAUCCACUUGUCCGUGGACAUCAAUAACGAAGUGACAGAUCGCACCAGUAUUGCGUCUUCGUUAAAGGCUGUCGAUAUUCCGAGUUUUGACGAGAGUAGCCGUGUGGUUGAAGAAGAAACGGGCCCAUCCUUGGCUUUCUCCAGUGUUUCCCCAGCAACAAGAAAAGAGCCCGACUUACCACUGUUUCUUCCAAAUUCUGAACUGGGAGAAGAUAUUAGUGGGAGGUUACAUUCAGAACCCCCAGAGGACACUGACAGCCGAUCCUCAGCAGCAGCAGUGGGUGAACCCCAAGCCGAGUCAACCCAAGUGAGGGAGCCCUUGCUGCCGUCUCCGUCCGAGGAUCAGAAGUUUUACCAGGAGUUAUUGGGGCAGGUAAACCAAUUGUUAAGUACUUCUUCCAGAGACACUGAGCCCACAUCCACAAGAGGAGCAGCACUUCCCAGCAAUGGCAGCACUAGAACCCAGAAUGAGGGGGAUGGAAAAAUCAAAAGACCUGACCCCAGCCAGACAGACAAGGACAGCGUCCUUCACGCCACCGUUAAGCAGCUGAGAAACCUUGGGGUAAAAAUUGACUCCCCAAGUAAAAUGAAGAAAAAUUCACAUAAAGUGGACCAAGCCAGCGUAUUGGCGUGCAUCAGCCCUGAAGCGGUCAUCUCUGGAUUAAACUGUAUGUCCUUUUCUAAUGUGGGCAUGAGUGGCUUAAGCCCCAAUGGUGUGGAUCUGAGCAUGGAGGCCAAUGCCAUCGCUCUCAAAUAUUUAAAUGAAAAUCAGCUGUCACAGCUCUCCUUCAAUCGAGCAAACCCAAAUCUUCCCGACGCAUCCUUCAGCCUUCUUCAUAUUAAUACAGACAAAAAUAUGGUGGGGCUUAGUUUGAUCUCCCCAAACAUGUCAUUUGCCACCAGGAAAUAUAUGAAGAGGUACGGGCUGAUGCCAAGCAGUGACAGUGAGGAUGAGGAAGAGAUCCCAGAUGCGACAGAAGUCACCAAGAGUGAACAUUCACUGGAUCAAACUUUGGCGUCUGGCCCCGAGCAGUUUAGCUGUCACAAGGAUGGCCCUGGAAGAGACUGUGAAAUUCUAGAUUUGAAAUGCUACAACCAGGAGGUAGCGGGUGCCCACUGGCUGCCAAAGCCCGAGCUGCCAGCAUUAAGAGACGUCACAAAUCAAGCGGCCCAGCCAAGAGCCGCAAGCUCACCUGAGGAUGAGUCCUCUGCCUUCAUCCUAAGAGACUUAAAGAAAAACCCCUCCAUCAAAUUGCUGACUGGCAGGCCUGAGUUUACUCAGCAUCCUGAGAAGGAAAACCAAAGGGACAUUCAGGUGUUGCCUGAAAGUUUGCAGCCUUCUGACCCGCUCAGAGAAAUGAAUAGCAUGAAUUCAGUGGGUACCUUUUUAGAUGUCCGGCGUCUCAGGCAGCUGCCCAAAUUAUUUUAGUUAUUUAAAGAACUGCCCACCUUUUCUGGAUUGAGGCAGAGGCUUGGGCCGGGCCAAGGGCUUGGUCCUUGAAGAACGUGAGUUGGGCCACUGAAUUGGGUAACUGAGAUCAUUGUAGAGUCCAUCUCUGCAGUGGUCAAGGAGCCAGUAGCCCACUGCCAGGAAAUGGCAGCGGUUCUGGACAGAGCUCUAGUUCUGGGAGCCAGUACUGUAGUCACCAGAACAAUGAAAGUGGAGUCCUGGGGAGUGAAUGCUUACCCUCAUUCUUAGGGUCUAACAUUGGGAAGAAAAAUCAUUUUAGCCAAUAUCUUGGUCGAGGUUGUUUACAGUCAACUUGUGUUAAAGUUGAUUCGGUCUCAGCCAGCUCUCCUCUCUGCACAUGCCCUGAGUUCCUAUGAAAUAAAGGACUCAGCCUUGGAAAGAGGAUUAUUACCCUUUUAGAGCCAGGCAAUUUGACUUCUUUUUUUCCCCCUAAUACAUUUUUCUAAAAUACAUUUUAUUUAAGAACUUUCUAUCUUUUUAAUUAAGCUGCUUAUUUGUUAAAAAUCUUGAGGCAAUUUAAACUAUUGGGAUCCUGCAUGAUUGAGGCUUGUGUGACACUGUUCAUUGAGUUGCUUUGACUAAUCCAGAGCAAUUCAUUUAUCGUGUGUGUUUUGUAAACUUGGGAGUGAGUUUUUCAAGUGUUUGAAUUUAAUAAAAACGUGUAGGCUGUCUGCCUUGACCACCUGCUAGUGUAGCCUUAUAGAUCUCUUUGUUGGGAAAUAACAUCCUUCAAACGUUAAGGAACAUUCAACAUUUUUGAAUUGGUCAUUUUUGUCAUCUGUUCUUGAAUUAAAAGAAAACUUCACUGUA